CCCAUGGACCUGAUCUUGCCGGGAACCGUGUACCUCCGCCUCUGUCCUCUCUCCACCGAUGAAGGGAAAGCAGAAGCUUCUUUUCCCCUUCCUCCAAAAAAGGCAUCAAAAUUCUUUGCUAAAAAAGGCUUCAAAAUUCUCCGCUUAGGGAAAAAAACUUGAUUAGGAGCAAUCCAUCGUUUCUUUACUCCUCGAUCGAGAGCCCCAUUCGUUAGGGGUUAGGGUCGUAGCGAGGGCUCUGAAAUUGGAAUCCCAACAGAGGAAUUACACCCGCUUUGGGACUUCGGAGAAGGGAAUGUCGGCAACCAUCGACCGGCUCGCGACACCGAGUCAUGAGGGUCGUGCACACAGUGACGAAAAGCGAGAGUGCAAUUCUGAUGAAGAGAACUCAGAAGGAGAAAGAAAGCCCAAAAAGGAUUCCUUCAAGAAGAGAGCAGUUACUACAGGGUAUAGAUUUAGGCAUUCCUUAAGGAGAAAGAGUAAAACAAAGAAUGAUAACCAUAUAGCCUCAAUAGAAGACAUAAGAGAUGUUCAAGAGCUGGAGAUUGUUGAAAGGUUUCGCCAGUGUUUACUUGAUGAUGGUCUGUUGCCAGAACAUCACGAUGAUUAUCACACGAUGUUGAGGUUCCUGAAAGCAAGAAAAUUUAAUAUUGACAAAGCAAAACAUAUGUGGUCAGAGAUGCUUAGAUGGAGGAAGGAAUUUGGUGCUGACAAUAUAGAGGAAUUUGACUACACUGAAUUAGAUGAAGUUGUGAAGUACUAUCCGCAGUUUUACCAUGGUGUGGACAAAGAUGGAAGACCCGUUUACAUAGAACUAAUUGGGAAAGUUGAUACCAACAAACUAGUGCAGAUCACAACUAUUGACCGCUAUUUAAAAUAUCAUGUCAAGGAGUUCGAGAGAUGUCUCCAGAUGAGGUUUCCAGCUUGUUCUAUUGCUGCGAAAAGGCACAUAGACUCGUCUACUACGAUAUUGGAUGUGAAAGGCGUGAGCCUAAAGAACUUCACAAAAGAUGCAAGAGAGCUAAUUAUGCGGUUGCAGAAGAUCAACAAUGACAACUAUCCAGAGACCUUAUAUCAACUGUACAUCAUAAAUGCUGGCCAAGGAUUCAAGAUAUUAUGGGGUACAAUAAAAUCAUUUCUUGAUCCAGAAACCGCUUCAAAAAUUCAUGUCCUUGGAAACAAGUACCAAACUAAAUUACUUGAAAUAAUCGAUGGCAGUGAACUCCCAGAAUUUCUUGGUGGCAAGUGCAGGUGUGAAGAAUAUGGAGGUUGUCCAAAAUCAGACAAAGGCCCUUGGAAGGACCCUGAAAUUUUCAAGAGGGUUAUCAAUGGUGAGGCAAACUAUGGUCGACAAGUUCUUGCUGUAUCAAGCAUAAAUCAGAAGGAAGUUGGUUGUACUGAACACACAACUGAGCAGGAAAAAGGCAAUGAUGCCUCUGCUAAAUCUAUUUCUCAGGUGGAAGAUGUUUCUUCUUCAACGGCUUUAGUGGAUCCCAUCAUAAGCCCUAAUUUGACCCAUGUGGAUGAGUUAAAAUUUCAAGGACAUGCUUCCUCAUCUGAUGCUCCUCCCAUUAUAGGGGAUAGCAUCCCUGCUGCUGGCAAGGUCAUGGAUGCAUGCUCCAAUCCAAGAAACAGCUCGACACCUUCCAGCUCAGGUUCUUUCUCUUUGAGAAAUAUACCGGCAACAUUGGGAGGACUUAAAACUCGAAUUGUUGCAUGGUCAACAUUCGUAAUCCUGACCUUGUCAGCAUUCCUCUGUUCUGUGCUGAGCAUAGUGACCAAAAGGCUCUCAAACCAGGCCAUCACAUGUGACCACUAUAGUGCUGACUUCCAUCAAGGAUAUAUGGGAAAUGGCACCCUUACAUCCGUAUUGACACGGCUUGGUGAGCUGGAGGAGAAGGUACAAGCACUUGAAGCAAAGCCACCCCAAGUGCCAUUUGAAAAGGAGGAAUUGUUACAUACUGCUGUUUACCGCGUGGAUGUGUUGGAAGCUGAACUAAUUUCUAUGAAGAAGGCCUUGUAUGAGACAUUGAUUCGGCAGGAUGAGCUGCUUGCAUAUAUUGACCAACAACAGACAGCCAAAUUUUGUCGGCAGAAGUUCUGUUUCUAAGUACUGGAGUACCUGCCACCUAUUUUCGUCUCUUUGGAGAUCGCAUGCAGCUAUUGUGGACCCAGUAUACUUGCAAAUGUUUUCAUAUUUGUUGCAGUGUAAAGAAAUGCAAUUUUUAGAAAUACAUAGGAUUGAGGAGCAUGGUAGCUUGUCUUGAGAUCGUGUUUUAGCGACAAAAACAGAAAAGCUUGAUACCUUGUACGCAUUUUCAACCAGAUGCAGGCGUAAUCUUUCCCCAGUAUUUGGUGCAAGGCUCCAGUAUUUGGUUUGCUUGUAUUAUACUAUCUCUAUUCUCGAAUAUUUGU